GCAGGGCCACGAUGGGCAUCCUGGAAUAUCGGUGUGUUCAUCUGUAUUCGUUGUGCUGGGAUCCACAGGAACCUGGGAGUUCAUAUAUCCAGGGUGAAAUCUGUCAACCUCGACCAGUGGACACAAGAGCAGAUACAGUGCAUGCAGGAGAUGGGGAACGGCAAAGCGAAUCGUCUGUAUGAAGCCUACCUGCCAGAGAACUUCAGGAGACCUCAGACAGAUCAAGCUGUGGAGAGUUUCAUCCGGGAUAAAUAUGAGAAGAAGAAGUACAUGGACCGAAGUAUUGACAUCAAUGCCUUUAGGAAAGAAAAGGAUGACAAGUGGAAGAGGAGUAAUGAGCCAGUGUCAGAAAGAAAACUGGAACCCAUCAUCUUUGAGAAGGUGAAAAUGCCUCAAAAGAAAGAAGAAACGCAGCAGUCAAGAAAAAGUUCUCCUAAAUCUACUGAACCAGUAAUGGACUUGCUGGGACUUGAUGCUCCCCUGACAACCACGGUGGCAAACGGCAGGCCCAGCAGCCUGGAGAAGGAUCUUGAUCUCUUUGCAUCAGUGGGAUCAAACUCUGACUCCAGGAAGGUCACUGGCUCUAUGCCAACAGCUGGAUGUGCUGGGUCUGUUCCUGAAAACCUGAAUCUCUUCCCUGAGCCAGGAGGCAAAGGGGAGGAAGUGGGGAAGAAGCAGCUCUCAAAAGACUCCAUCCUCUCCUUGUAUGGCUCCCAAACACCUCAGCUGCCUGCACAAGCAAUGUUCAUGGCCCCAGCUCAGAUGGCAUAUCCUGCAGCAGCAUAUCCUGGCUUCCCUGGCGUGGCCCCUUCCAGCAGCAUGAUGGGAGGCAUGAUGGCACCCUCGGUGGGAAUGAUGGCCCAGCCUGGAGCUGCAGGGAUGGUGACUCCCAUGGCCAUUCCAGCAGGAUAUGUGGGUAACGUGCAGGCAGCUGUCAUCGGUGUCCCCAACGGGCUGCUGGCUGCCCAGCAGGCUGGCUAUGUGGCUGGCAUGGCAGCAGUCCCCCAGCCUGUCUAUGGGGUGCAGCCAGCACAGCAGCUGCAGUGGAACAUUGCUCAGAUGACCCAGCAGAUGGCAGGGAUGAAUUUCUAUGGAGCUAAUGGCAUGAUGGGAUAUGGACAGUCAACGGGUGGAGGAGGUGCCCAGGGCAGCAAUCAGUCCCUCAGCACCCAGAUGUGGAAAUGA